CAGCCUUGAAGUCUAUAGAAACCACUUACACCCAUGCCACAUGCCUCUAGCGCACCGUAGUUCAUGUCAUGGUCUCGACGAGAUAGACCAGACAUUCUCCGACUAGACAACCCCAAAGUUCCCCUGCGCAAAAGCGUUGAUUCUCAUCUCAAUUAUCCUUUGCAAGUACGUUCUGCAGACGACGGAACCGCAAUGGUCUGACUGUCUUCCAUCUCACGACUAUCUGAAAUCCAACGAAAGACAAACAGCUCGAGGAUGUUGGGCAAGCCAUGGCUUGUUGGUCAGUUUUCUUCUGUUGAAUGAUUGCAGUCUGGAAGACUUCAUCUGGUGUUGUCCAGCAGCCUCAACCUGCCACCAAUACACACACUUCAUCCAACCUCACCGUAAUUUCAUGCCAGAGCUGGUACGAAACAGCUUGUCAAACUCUCUUUAUCUCCAUCCUCAGACGACAAGACUCGGAGUCAUCUAACCUACGGAUGCUACUGUUUGUCUUCAGGAACGGUCGCAGCCUCAAUCUCAGGGACUUUGCGAUACCCACAUGUUGCGUCACGGGAAGUCUUGGCAGCAAAUUGACAGUUCAAAGUCCCAUUUGCGAAACCCCCCUUUUGUGUGCUGAGGCUGAAUGUGGUUUAGCGGGGAAAUCUGGAGACGUUCAGGGAUCAAACAAGGGCCGGGCCCCUUUGUUGAGCGGGAACCGUCAAUCGUUAUCGAUAAGAUCUCCCCCACCCUUCCGGUGGACCGCUGCCCGCAGAAUCAGGCUGCCCUGGUGACGGGAUGAGGUGCUUGACCCCUCGAUUUUGUUGAGUGGGUACCUCGCUGCAUGACCAUAGCCGUAGAGGUGUCUGCCAGUGUCAUCUGCCAUUGCCGGUCAGCAAGAUGGCUUCAAAUAUCGGGAUGAAAAGAAGGGGAUGUUUAGAGAAAAGCGAGUCGGUCUAGACGAGUUCAGGCAUAGAAAUUUGCUUUUUAUCUUUGUUCCAUCCCGACUCGGAUCAAACACCGGCGAGGCAGGCUUGCAGGGCGCCAUUCCCACUGUAAAAUCGAGGGGGAGGGGCGGGGGCCAAAGAUGACGAAAUGUGCCCACGACUGGCUGCCAGGGACGCGCUGUUCCUACAGGAACCCAUGCAGAUUGCAACACUGGUGAAUACCAUCAACUCAAGAGGGGGCAAAAGAGGCAGAGAGG